AAUUUUUCACUACUUAACUAUGGAGAAUUAAUGGUUAUUGACUUAUUCUGAUUAGUAGAGGUUAUGGAUUCGAACGUAAGUAUAUCGAUACGGACGUUAGUGGGUCGGUGGUUCCCUAAACCGCCUAAGAAGUUUUCUAGUAAGUUGGUUAAUGAGGUAGUAGACCUUAUAGGGCAGAAUCUGGUACUGGAACUGUUACAGGAAGAGCUGGUAGAAAUUCUCUUAGCCAGUGGAUAUUUUGAAGCUGUGGUGUGGAAAUUCUUUCAUAGAGAUGUUUCCAGUGCCCAUUUGGGACUCGUGUUGGCAUUGGUCAAUUUGGACUUUCAACUUAAUUGGAGGAGAAAGAAGCAAAAGCCAUUAUUAGUAGAGACCGUUCUUCGUAGUGAGCCUGCUGAGGCACUUGUAGAACGGUUAUUGAGUCUUACGUUGAGUGUAGGUGAGCCUCAGUUGGAUAAAGAGGUGGUUCGUGCAUUUGAGUUUAUGCGUAUUUUGCUUAUUCAUUACUGGGAUAAUGAUGUAGUCCAGAAAUUAGUGGUACCGUUGUUUAGAAUAUCUUUUGCUAGUGAAGUGGUAGAUUAUGUAAAGAAAUUGGAAUUGACAGGGUCUGAGUCAGGAGCUGACACUCAGUAUACCAGUACCUUGGCAAAAUUGCAGCAUGUAUGGCUUUAUAGAAUGUUGGUUGCCUUUGUACUGCGAAGUAUUCAACAGAAUACACAAGUCGGUGAUACCUUUGACUCAUUACAAAACCAGUUGCUUCGAGUAUUGACUAUUGCUGUGGACAGAACUCGAGGAAACAGCCUAGUGCUGAUUUUAUUAUAUACCAAUAUCAGUGAGAUACUCAUAAUUACAAAGGGGCAUACUCCGUUGGUGCAAGCUUUCAAUUACUAUUUGCGAUACGAAGAUAGUGAGUAUCUUGAUGAUGAUGAUAUAUAUUAUUCGAGAAGCUUCACUGAACUUCAGGUAGGUUUAUCAAACUACAGGACUGUUGAUACACAACUUAUACUAUCCCCUUCCAUUAGGAAUUGGACAGAAACAAGCUUGGCUACUUACUUAAGCUCCAACUAUACCGAAGAUCAUUUGACAUCACUAGACAAGGUUUAUACAAAUCUACACAUUGUGCCUGCAGAAUUGCGAUUAAAAGUUCUAGCUACAACUAUUGCUUCAUCUGUAUUUGCAACUAAGUCAAUUGUAGAACAUCAGAAUCAAAUUCUUCAGUAUUUCCCCAUAUCAUGGAGGUUUAAUAGCCAUGAAAAUAAGAGAGGAGAUCCUUUGUAUCCAAUUAUUUUUACUCAUGAUUCGUCUUAUUAUGAGUUGACUAGACGAAUCACUAUGAAUCUACUCGAUACUGUGAAUUUUGAUAUAUCAAAACACAUUGGACAAGUGUUUGACCGAUUGAAAAUAGAUACCAAUGGAACCAUAAAAGGCAAGAGCAAGUACUUUCAUAAAGUGAACAGUAUCAAAUACAAGAGCCCUAACUACUUUGAAGUCAAGACUAAUACCAAAGCGCCUGAGUAUCCGCUGAAAUAUGUUCUUUUAGUGGAAUUGAUCAAGCCUAAUCCUCAUAGUUCUAAUAAGGCAUUGAAAGAGUAUGGGUUAAAUUCAGUAAUCUUAUGUUCCAUUAAGUCGUGGGAUAGAGAACUAGUAGUGGAGACUGCCAUUACUGAUAAGCUGUUUGAAGAUAGAGUUGGAUACAUCAUUACAUUGCCGUACUCUCGCAAAAUUGAAGAGGUUGUACGUAUUACCAACAGACUGCACACUUUGCCAGAUGACUUCUUCUACAAUUUAAGGGUUUCUUUAUUGAAUCCCCCAACUCAUACUCAACCAUCUCAAAUGGAUGAAGAUGAUAAUGUGGCCAAAAGAAGGAAAUUGGAGUCAACUAAUUUUGUUAUCACUUUACAGGAUGUACUAGGUUCAAGUAUUAUAGCGUUACCUUGGAGUCGAGAAUCGAAUUUUAGUAAUUUUGUACAAGACUUUUUGGCAUCAACGAAUACCGAACGCACUUUAGUGAUCGUUCCAUCUGACUCUGUAGUGUCUAGAUAUUCGAUACGUGAUCUAUUCAAGCUCAAGGACUCGUUUCAGUUUACUAGUUACUUAGAGCAGUUGAAGGCAGAUGCUCAAAGGAUUGAAAAAUACUUUGAACAUACAGAAAGUACUGGCUCUGGUUCUGGCUCUGAUUCCAGACUCUACCAAUUCUAUGAGAAUCAGAUUAGAGAAAGAUGGAAGAAGUUUAUUGAGUUGUUUGAUGAACAUGGCAGCACAGACACACUUAACCAGUAUCCAUUUAGGGGAGAACUGGAGACAUUUGAAACAUUUGCACAAGUGGUUAAGCACUAUGAGAACUUGUUGAAUCAGAUUGCAUUGAUUCAACGAGUUAAUCCAUUCAAACCUGAUGAAGAUCGGGUGUGGAGGUACUUGUAUGAACAUCAUAACAUUAUGAUAUCUUAUGAUAAGUAUCUACACUAUACUGACAGUCUGCACGGGACAUUCGAUAAUGUCAUUGUUUUCAAUGGUUCACUUGAAUCCUUUUCCAUCAUAUUAGACCAGCAGCAGUCUGGUCUUAAACGGUUUGUAACUGUUGGAGGAGAAGUGUACGAUCAUCUGAUACUGCAAGACGUUACUACUAGUUAUUGUAAUGUAAAUGCACCUAUCUUGAUAAACCCAGGCUUCAAAUAUAGAUCCCAAACUAUUGAAGCAGAAAGUCAAGUCCUGGAAGCAGAGUAUUCAGUACUACUCUACCAGUACAUGAGACUUUUGGGAUAUCCACAAGAUCAGAUAUGUAUAUGGGCAUCUACGGCUAUUCAGAAGAUAUUGAUAGAAGAAGUGCUAGCCAAGAGGUGUACUAUAAAUAAGAAAUCAGGAAUCAAACAGGCAAGAAUUGCCAGUGACUCGAAGGAAGGGUUCCAAUUCGGAUGGCCCGAUGUUAUCUAUGAUGAAGGUAGAGAUCACCAGUAUGAUGAUUAUUCAUUUGCAAUAAUCUCACUAUAUGGCAGUGUUAAGUAUAAGGCAAAGUAUGAAGACUUGCCAGGCCUACGAGGUAAGUACUUUUUAUACACAGGAGAAGAUCCUCAAGUACCAGUAGCCGCCAAUUCAUCAUCAAACAAUACACUACAAAUAGUUACUGGAGAAAAUUAUACUUCCACCACUCGUUCUACUGCCAGUGAGUACUCCAUCGAGAACAAGGACCAUUUCGAGAUAUAUAUUACUCAAAUGACUCAAACUCGUAUGGGGAAGCAUUAGAUGGGUGUGUGUUUUGUGUGCAUUACAUAAGCCGCAACUCGAAGGUCAGUGAAAAAGUAAAAUUGAAUAAAAAAUUUGUUCAGCCAAUGGCCAC